CUUUACUGUGAUGUAUUUGAUCGAUUUUGCGGCGGAAACAACCUGGAAGACGCAAGCUACUAAAUGCGUGACACUUGUCGCUGACCGUGGCUAUAUAAAUGCAAACUCCAGCCUUCCUUUGAAGACGUCCUAAAAGUAAUAACUUGGUAGGUAACAACUGGAAGACAGACGCACCUCGCAAAGUUCAAAAACCAUCCAAGGAUAUACCAAUUACGCACAGAUUCUCCACGCCACUUUUUGACAUGAAGCUCAAUUUUCUCGUCACCACCGUGGCUCUGCUCGUUGCCUUUCCACCACCGUAUGAAUGUAGAGCCAUCGAAAGAAGCUCCAACCAGCCAGCAACGGACCCCGAUGGAGAGCGACAGUCGCCAUCGGUUUUGGCACGGUUAGGGGAGGAGUACUUCAUCCGGCUCGGUAACAGAAACCAGAAUUCUCCCCGAUCCCCAGCCGACAGCUUCCCCGAGACAUCCCAGUAUUCCAAAAGAGCACUGCAGCUCCAGUUAACGCAGCGUCUGUUGGAGGGGAAAGUUGGAAACAUCGGCCGCUUGGAUGGCAAUUACGCGCUCCGGGCGCUCGACUCCGUGGAGAGAGAGCGCAGGUCGGAGGAGCCACCGAUUUCCCUGGAUCUGACCUUUCAUCUGCUACGAGAAGUACUGGAGAUGGCCAGAGCCGAACAAAUGGCCCAGCAAGCUCACAGCAACCGCAAAAUGAUGGAAAUAUUCGGGAAGUAACCAUGAGCAAACCCAUCAGCCAAAGAUAUUUUUACAUUUAGCACAAACAUGAAUAUUCUGUACCAUAGUGCUGCUUUUCCAUCAUGAUCUAUUUAUACCGGUGACUUAUUUAUUUGUAGAUAUUUCAAUGAAGGCGAAUAGAGUACAGUAGGUGUAUAUGAAGCGCAAAACUGUCAUCACUCUCCAUCAAUGUUAUUGUAUAAGUGAUCAUUCAGAACUGUAGAUUAAGAAAACGUUUGAGUUUCUUA